GUGAAAAAGUCACACUGUCCAAAACAAACACUAAUAAGCUCUUUGGUAUAUCUACCAGGCCAUAGAACAAACACAGCGCUUGGGGUUUCCAUUUUCGAAGUGAAGGUUUUUCAAGGGUGUGAUUUGGAAAAGAGAGAGGGAAAGCAUACAGAGGAGGGCUUUGUGUUCUUCUAUUUUCUCGCUCUAGGUUGCAACAGAGAUGGGUGAAUCAUCAGCUUGUCUUAUGAGAUCAUUCUCUCAUCCUUCUGAUGCCUCCCGAGAAGCCAAAGAGGGAGAUCCCCUUCGUGCCUUGGGAGAAUCAAUUUCAUUUGGGAGGUAUAUGUCAGAACCUUUGGCUUGGGAGAAAUGGUCAUCCUUCUCUCACAAUCGGUACUUGGAAGAAGUUGAGAAAUUUUCCAAGCCCGGUUCUGUUGCUCAGAAGAAAGCUUAUUUUGAAGCGCAUUACAAGAAAAUUGCUGCCAAGAAAGCGGCAGCUUUGCUUGAGCAAGAAAAUGCAAUGACUAAUAAUUCCCCUGAACAAAAUAUUACAAACGAGAUUCACAAUAGUUCUUCCAUGGAUUCAGAGUUGUCAAAAUCAGACAGCCAUAUACCCAUUGUUGAAAUGCAGGGAAAUGGGGACCCUGAUGCCGAGAUAGUUGAUGCAAAUAGUGUCUGCAGUCUUAAUAUUGAUGCAAGCGAAUUGAAAAGUGACAAGGUGGAAGGAGCAGAAGUACAACAUGUUAUCACAGAGAAUUCUAUUUAUGUUGGAUUAUCGAACCGGCUUGAAAAUGUUGAGAACCAUAGUCGGAUUAUUGUCCCCCAAGAAGAGAAUUUACCCAAGGAUGCUGCUAAUCAUGGGAAUUCAGCUUCAACAAGCAAGAAGAAACAAGCAAUUUCUUCUUCUAAGCUGUCUGCUUACUCUGGAGCAUCCAAGCUACAGUCUCCUGCCAAACCGACAACUUCUCUUCAAGCCAGGAAGGGAGAGAAUGCCAAUUCAAACAGUUCCAAGAAGUCUAAUAGGGACUGGAUGGACAAAAAGAGAUCAACUCCUAAAUCACUUCACAUGUCAAUCAAUCUCUCUUCUGGUGCUGAAGAAACCAGUAAAACAUCCUCUCCAAUUCUUCAAAAGCUUGGAAAUUCAAGAAUUGUUAGAACUUUUGUCAAAGCAUAUAAAGAUGACUCGUCUCGUCGGCAAACUCCAACUAGGGCGUCUGUGAUGGGAGUCUUAAAGCAUCCUUCAGUUCCCACCCAACCUGAAAAUAGAAGGACUAAAACACUUCUUGAUCGCUCAGUUUCUGGAAGCAGAACAGUGGAUGGGAAAUCACAAUUCCUAUCAAGGGACAAUUUGGAAGCUUCAAGGUUAGAUGGAAACAAAGCACGUUCUCCUACUAUAUCCUCCUCUUUUAGCUUCAGGAGUGAAGAAAGAGCAGCAAAACGUAAAGAGUUCUUUCAAAAGCUGGAAGAGAAGAUCAGUGCAAAGGAAACAGAAAAAGUGAAGCCACAAGCAAAAUCUCAGGAGAAAGCAGAGCAUGACUUUAAAAAAAUGCGGCAGAGCAUUGGCUUCAAAGCCAAACCAAACACAAAUAUUCCUUGUGAAACAGAAUCGCCCAGUGAUCACAGAAAGAUCCCACUAACACGACCUCGAUCACCAAAACUUGGAAGGAAGCCAACUCCCAGCAUGGUCCAGGACACUAGUUCUCGACCUCCUCGGAGGCCUUCAGUCAAGACUGAUGGCACCAAGCAUGUUACAGAAAAGAAUAAGCAGGCCCCAACUCGCUCUAUCAAUCAUUUUUCAAAGAAGAACAUGCAUGAGAAUGCUUCUCCUAAUAUGCAAUUCUAAAUUUGAGUAGAGAGUUUUGUUUCAAGUGUAUGCACGUUGAAGAACACUGUCGAAGAACUGAUUAACUCUGCUGCUGACAUUUGAGGGUAUACAACAUGGAGAUGGAACAAAUUUUUUACGUAGUAUUGGGAUCCACAUCUGGAGAUGGAAGAAACCUUGCGAGAAGUUCCAGUUUGUGUUGAUGGCUUCUGUCAAUGUAAACCAGGAGAUUUUAUAUUGGUUCUUCAGAAUUAUUUUGUUGGAGAUGGAGCGAUUUUUUCAUGGAUAUAUGUAAUGUGUAGGGGAUCCACAAGUUUUUUGGGAACAUUUGAGUAGAUUUUGUUAAAAAAGGGUCGUCACUGCCAAUCUUUUGGAUGGUAGUAAAUGUGAAUAAUAUAAGUAAUGCUAUUUCUGAAUUCUUUACUUUGCAUUAA